AUGUCAAAUUUUCACAUUUUUGAAUUUCCCACAGUUCCGUCCCCCGUACGUCCCGACGCUCGCAGGGAACGGAACCCGGAAGAAGGAUGACGGCAUUGGUUGGAGGACAUUGCCGGGGACACUGCAGGAGGGACAUCGCGGGAGUGAAGGACAAGGUAAGUGAAGAAGAGAUCCCGGAGCAACGCUGCAUGUAUUCCCGAGUGUAGAUCGGGGUUACCGCUUGUGGUACUGAAACUUUACCCCGAGCUACACUCAGGAAUACCACCAGGGGGGUUAACA